UACAAAAGCCAAAAGGCUGAGCCGGUGGUAGUGGAUACUGCUGCUUCAGUUUCUUUUCUAUCUAAUGAAACUUUCUCAAGCGUUUUCAGUUCUUUCUGUUUUAAUUCCAGAUUAUAUUUUCUGUGAGUCCUGAUCCAGUGACACAAAUGUGCUGCAAUGGUGACAUAAACUAUUGAUUGAGGCUGGAAAAGUGUCUGAAACAUCGUCUUUUCUUUUCUUCUUUUAUUUUUUUAUGGUGCCUCUAUUGGAACAGUCUGAGGGAAGUAUAUACAACAUGAGUUUUAUCAUGAAGCUGCACAGACACUUUCAAAGGAUGGUGAUUCUGCUUGCCACAUUCUGUAUGGUGAGCAUUAUUAUUUCUGCUUACUACCUGUACAGUGGCUACAAACAGGAAAAUGAACUGUCUGAUAUGGCUUCAGAAGUAGACUGUGGGGACUUCCAGCACCUACCAUACAGGCUGAUGGAAGUGAAGACAAGGAAGCUUUCUGAUGCCUCAAGGACAGACCCCACAGUCCUGGUGUUUGUGGAGAGCCAGUACUCUUCGCUCGGUCAAGACAUCAUUAUGAUUCUAGAAUCCAGCAGAUUCCACUAUCACAUUGAAAUUGCUCCUGGAAAAGGGGAUCUCCCAGCACUUAUAGAAAAAACUAGAGGCAAAUACAUUCUCAUUAUUUAUGAGAAUAUUUUAAAGUAUAUAAAUAUGGACUCUUGGAAUCGAAGCCUUUUAGAUAAAUAUUGUGUUGAAUAUGGUGUGGGUGUCAUUGGAUUCCACAAAACUAGUGAGAAGAGCCUACAGAGUUUUCAGUUGAAAGGCUUCCCUUUUUCUGUAUAUGGAAACCUUGCAGUAAAAGAUUGUUGUAUUAAUCCUCAUUCUCCAUUGCUUCAUGUGACCAGAUCUUCUAAGCUUGAAAAAGGUUCUUUACCUGGAACUGACUGGACCAUUUUCCAGAUUAAUCACUCAGCCUACCAACCAGUAAUAUUUGCCAAAGUAAAGACCCCAGAAAACCUUUCUCCUCCCAUCCCUAAAGGUGCUUUUUAUGCCACUGUCAUACAUGACCUGGGGCUCCAUGAUGGAAUUCACAGAGUUCUUUUUGGCAGCAACUUGAACUUCUGGUUGCAUAAGCUUAUCUUCAUAGAUGCUGUUUCCUUCUUGUCAGGGAAGAGGCUCACAUUGUCCUUGGACAGGUACAUUCUUGUGGAUAUUGAUGAUAUUUUUGUGGGAAAGGAAGGAACAAGAAUGAACACCAAUGAUGUUAAGGCCCUGCUUGAUACUCAGAAUCUUUUGCGUGCACAAAUCACAAAUUUUACGUUCAACCUGGGAUUUUCAGGGAAAUUUUACCAUACAGGAACUGAAGAGGAAGAUGAAGGGGAUGACCGUCUUUUGGGGUCUGUGGAUGAGUUCUGGUGGUUUCCACAUAUGUGGAGCCACAUGCAGCCCCACCUCUUCCAUAAUGAGUCAUCUUUGGUGGAGCAGAUGAUUCUUAACAAAAAAUUUGCCUUAGAGCAUGGCAUUCCUACUGACAUGGGCUACGCGGUGGCCCCUCACCAUUCGGGCGUCUACCCUGUACACAUUCAGCUGUACGAGGCCUGGAGGAAAGUCUGGAAUAUUAGAAUCACCAGCACGGAAGAAUAUCCACACCUGAAACCAGCUAGAUACCGGAGGGGCUUCAUCCACAAACACAUCAUGGUUCUUCCAAGACAAACCUGCGGGCUUUUCACUCACACAAUUUUCUAUAAAGAAUAUCCAGGAGGUCCUAAAGAGCUGGACAAGAGUAUCCAAGGAGGUGAACUUUUCUUCACUGUGGUCCUCAACCCAAUCAGCAUUUUCAUGACCCAUUUGUCUAACUAUGGGAAUGACCGACUGGGAUUAUAUACAUUUGUCAAUCUAGCCAACUUCGUGCAGAGCUGGACCAACUUGCGACUUCAGACUCUGCCUCCAGUGCAGCUGGCUCAUAAAUAUUUUGAGCUCUUUCCUGAUCAAAAAGACCCUCUCUGGCAGAAUCCUUGUGAUGACAAACGCCACAGAGACAUUUGGUCUAAAGAAAAAACCUGUGAUCGCUUACCAAAAUUCUUGGUAAUAGGGCCCCAGAAAACUGGAACCACUGCUUUGUAUCUGUUCCUGGUUAUGCAUCCUUCCAUCCUUAGUAACUCCCCCAGCCCAAAAACCUUUGAGGAGGUACAGUUCUUUAAUAGAAAUAACUACCACAGGGGGAUUGAUUGGUAUAUGGAUUUCUUCCCAGUCCCAUCUAAUGUUACCACUGACUUUCUGUUUGAGAAGAGCGCCAAUUACUUCCACUCAGAGGAAGCGCCUAAAAGAGCAGCUUCUCUGGUCCCCAAAGCCAAGAUCAUCACCAUUCUCAUUGACCCAUCAGACCGAGCAUAUUCCUGGUACCAGCAUCAGCGAUCCCAUGAAGGACCCCGCAGCUCUGAAGUUUAGCUUCUACGAAGUGAUCUCAGCCGGGCCCCGUGCCAUCCUCUGAGCUUAGCGCCUUGCAGAAGAGAUGUUUGGUGUCCCAGGGUGGUAUGCCAGCAACAUCGAGAGAUGGCUUAUUUAUUUCCCUCCCU